GCUCCCUGUUAGCUCAUUGGACAUCGACACCCUGACGUAUGAGGAAGCGCACCGGAGAGAAACGUGAUACCGGAGACAAACCUUUAGUAUCCACUUGCACAAUGGCAGCUUCAAGGGCAAUGGGAUCUUUGCGUCUGCCUCCGCUGCCCUCGGUGGGUGAGCUGAUAAAACUGUACAACCUGCGAGCGGAGAAGCAGCUUUCUCAGAACUUUCUGCUGGACUUGAAGCUCACGGACAAGAUAGUUCGCCAGGCCGGCAGUUUAAGGGGUGCCCACGUCUGUGAGGUGGGUCCUGGUCCUGGUGGGCUCACCCGCUCCAUUCUCAAUGCGGAAGCGGCAGAUGUGCUCGUCGUGGAGAAGGAUUCACGCUUCAUCCCUGGACUGAAGCUGCUGUCUGAGGCGGCACCAGGCCGCCUAAGGAUUGUUCACGGAGACAUACUCAACUACAGGAUGGAUCGAGGAUUCCCUGCAGGUAUCUCGAAGCCUUGGGAGGAAGAGCCUCCAAACCUUCACAUCAUUGGGAACCUGCCGUUCAGUGUCUCAACGCCGCUCAUCAUCAAGUGGCUGGAAAACAUGGCGGACAGGACGGGUCCGUUCAGCUUUGGACGCACCCGACUCACCCUCACAUUCCAGAAAGAGGUGGCAGAGAGAUUGACAGCCAGCACCGGCAGCAAACAGAGAAGUCGUCUGUCCAUCAUGGCUCAGUAUCUCUGCACCGUCCACAAGUGCUUCGUCAUUCCUGGCCGAGCGUUUGUUCCUAAGCCAGAGGACCAGGGAACCCAUUAAGAAAAUACAAGGACU